UACACAACACAGCCGUAUGCCAGCUGAGAUGUCUUAGAAGUGAGGCUUGAGUUUAUGUCGUUCUUCUGUCAGUCCUUCCAGUAGCAAGUAUUGAUGUCGAUAUUUACCUGAACACUGUGAGGUGUGGAUCAAGACACCUUCAAAGGCAUUUGAAAUUCACAAACCUUUGUAAAUAUUGCACGAGGGAGUAAGUCUGGAGGUCUGAACAAGGGAGUGAUGCCAUGCUUGUAGGAGCUGCUGAGGCUGUGAACAUCUGAGGCUGCUUCGGAAUUUCGGGUCUAGGAAUAUUUCAGCUCUCAGAAUUCCACUCAACUCUGGGAACGUUGCUAUUUCCACCUGCAGUGUGUGGUUACCUGAGCUCUAAUUGGCUAGAGGUAGCAGCGGAGCUGCCACGCUGAACACACGCGGGGCAGAGGCUGAAGCUCGCCGAGUGUUCGGUCAGCUCCUACAACAGCCUUUGCAGUCUGGAGGGUGAAUAUCCGAGGUGGCUGAACUUGCGCGACUUGACGGCUACCUUGGCCCUAUGUCUGACAGCGCUGGACGUGCCGUGCACACGGAUCCGGGCCCGGGCUGCGAUGAGACGGCCUCUAAAGGCAGUGGGUGCGCCGACACAAAUAGUUGUCACAUGAAGGUACAUCUAUAGGAAGCUGACGAGUUCUUAUCAUCUGUGCUGCCCCUGCCUCUGCACCCUGCUGCCAAGAUGGUAUUUCGGAAGGCACCAGAUGGAGGCUGGGGCUGGGUCAUUGUUGUCGUUUCCUUCUUCACCCAGUUCCUGUGUUACGGAUCGCCGCUGGCGGUGGGAGUCCUGUAUCUGGAGUGGCUGGAUGCUUUUGGAGAAGGGAAGGGCAAGACUGCCUGGGUUGGAUCGCUAGCAAACGGAAUUGGACUGCUUGCCAGUCCUGUCUGCAGUAUAUGUGUAUCAUCUUUUGGAGCAAGACCAGUAGCUAUCUUCAGUGGCUUUAUGGUGGCUGGGGGCCUCAUGAUGAGCAGUUUUGCACCUAACAUAUACUUCCUGUAUGUUUCAUAUGGGAUAGUUGUUGGUCUUGGAUGUGGCCUUUUGUAUACUGCAACAGUUACCAUCACGUGCCAGUAUUUCGACAAGCACAGAGGUCUUGCACUUGGUCUGAUUUCGACAGGCUCAAGUGUUGGACUCUUUAUAUAUGCAGCACUGCAAAGAGAGCUAAUUGAGCUGUAUGGACUGGAUGGGUGUCUGCUAAUAGUUGGUGCCCUGUCUCUGAAUAUAUUAGCAUGUGGCAGCCUAAUGAGACCUUUGGAAUCAUCCAGUUCUCCUCCACCAGAGAAAACGUGUGUAGACAAAGUCCCAGAUCAAUAUUUUGUUUACCAUGAGAAGGAAAAGACCAUUGAAGAAAACAUUAGCAUCCUUGAAAAGGGCUACAUUGAUGAAAAAUGUGUGAACAAUGUGCCUGAUUGUAAACAGGAUAGCGUUUUGAAUAAGAAUGUAUUGAGCUCAAUAAAUAUAAAUGAGAAAGACACCUACAAAAAGAAAGUUGUAGAACAGACAAACUUCUGCAAGCAACUCGCCAAAAGGAAGUGGCAGCUCUAUUUGACCUACUGGAAGGAGACCAUGGUUCUUUUCAAGAACAGAGUAUUUUCAGCUCUCUUUGUUGCCAUCUUGCUCUUUGAUAUUGGUGGAUUUCCUCCUUCUCUGCUCAUGGAAGAUGUAGCAAGAAGUGCAAACAUUAGUGAAGAUGACUAUUAUAUGCCCCUUAUUUCCAUUAUUGGCAUUAUGACGACUGUUGGCAAACUUAUUUUAGGAAUACUGGCAGACUUUAAGUGGGUAAACACUUUAUAUCUCUAUGUAACUACCUUAUUAAUGACAGGAGUGGCCUUGUUUGCAAUCCCAUUUGCCAAAAGUUACCUUACAUUAGCGAUGCUUUCUGGGAUUUUGGGUUUUCUGACUGGGAACUGGUCGAUUUUUCCAUAUGUAACAACAAAGACUGUGGGGAUUGAGAAACUGACUCAUGCCUAUGGGAUAUUGAUGUUCUUCGCUGGACUUGGGAAUAGCCUCGGACCACCAAUUGUAGGCUGGUUUUACGACUGGACGCAGGAGUACGACACUGCUUUCUAUUUCAGUGGCUUUUGUGUCCUGCUGGGUGGAUUCCUCCUGCUGUUGGCAGCGCUGCCCUGCUGGAAUGCCUGCGCCAAUCAGAGCUCCAAGCUGCCUCCAAAUACUUACUCCUACAAAGUUGCAUCUAACGCUUAGGUGACAACUGGAAUACACUUUGCGCCUUUUUAUACUAUAUAGCAAAGUAUUUUAGUAAUUUUCCACUUAUUUAUGAAGCCCACAAAUCCUCUUUCCACUAGAAAAAUUCCAUUGUUGCUUGUUGUUCAGUUCCUUUUUCUUCUUCUAUUUCUUUUUUUUUAAUGUUAUUUUUAAAAACAGUCUUAUUUUGUGUACUAUGCACCGUGUUUUCAGCCUUUGUCUACUGUAAUUUCCUUUCACCCCGUAAAGGGGAUGUUCUGCUGUAUUAUCAGCUGUACUUUUUUUUUAAGGGGGGGUUGGUAUGGAGGGGUGAACACUUUGAAGCAAAAAUGAAGGCCUGUUCUUAUAGGAGAAGGCUGGCAUUUCUGCCACCUUCUGUCGGUCUCCAAGUUGCACAAUUAGGCUUUACAAAACAAGAAUUUGCCUUAUUAAAAUGUAAUUCUGUGGCAAAGUGCUUUUAACAUCAUGCUUAGAUUAACUUUUUUCUCUUUUUAAAGUUUCUCCAAUUUACAAUUAAGUGCCAAUUGUGGGAGGGAGAAGAGGGGAAACAAAAUCAACCUUGUGUUGCAUAACUGAAGCGAACAUGAUGAUGAAAGUAAGGAUUCUUAUUACCACUGCGACUAAGAACCAUGUUUAUAAAUAUUGCACAUUUUGUGAAGCCUGUUUAUAAAACUGUUGAACCAAAACCUUUUAAACCAAGGAAUAAAUGUGAUUGUUGAAACCGUGAAAGGAAA